UCCCAUCCUGUCCUAUGUAAUUAAUGCCACCACGCGCGCCAAUGCUCCAACGCCUCAACAGAUAAACUAUCCCACGACGAUACGAAGCGCUACGACAAUACGAAGUACCACUGUGCAAACUCCUGUGUAACGAUUCAAGCGAUCUCUCCUCAUUGUGUCCAAUAUUGGCGACUCGACGACGGGAUAGAAGUGAAAGACAGUCGUCAAAACGAACGCAAGAACUUCAGGAGUGUAGCUCCCAUGCUACUGUCAUGAAAAUCGAGCCAUUGUAAUCCGAUAAAAUCAUGUCCGUGCCUCAGACUGCUGACCUGAGUGCGCAAUGGGCUUCGCAACAAGGAAACGAACAGCUCCAGAUACGCAUGAUUCCGUACAGUCCCCCCCGAAUUUCCUCUCAUGGAUCCGUGCAAACAAGCUCGCGGGAGACUUCCAGAUCUUACGCCGGGGAAGAAAACGCCUUGCCCAUCUCGCCGAUGCAGACCCAGUCCGGCCCCAAAAAUGCGUCCAGCCUAGCCCCGGGCCCAACCCAGGACAUUGACCAGGAGUCCUGGUCAAGGUGUGGUGUUUCAGGCCCGACACGCUCCCCAUCGAAUUUGACGUUCGACCCAGACAAUUUGAGCAUGUCGAGUCGCACCUCGUCACCAAGGCCGUCGUCCACAUCCUCUCGCCGUCGCAAAAGAGUCAUCAGCGUCAAUUCCGAUACCAAAACCUUCUCACUGCUUCCGCAGUCGCAAUCCCCGUCGUCUUCGGGAGCUGGUUUCAGCUCACCUCAGUUCUCCUGCACCACACCCGAGAGCUCUUGGGGUCGCGUCUCAUCAAACAUCUUCCGAGUUAAGGACCGCUCCAGUUCGCCCCUGACGCUGCAAACCCCUUGGACGCCGCGGAUGAGAAGCGGCGUUCGAAAGCUGGAGCAGUUGCCAGAUGAUGGGGAGGGGCAGCUGGCUCAAACACCCGACGCCCUGGAUUACUCCCCGCCCUUGCCGGACUGCUCCUCUUCUGAAUAUGGUGCGACCGGCGCUCAGCUGUCUAACAAGAACUCCUUUCAAACUACAGCCUCCAACUCGACAUUAUCCGAGAGAACAAACUUCAAGAUCUAUGGCGAGAGCUCUCCUGUGCGACCGGUAGCACGAGCCCUGACGGGAGAGUACGAACGCAGCCUUGCCCCUACGUCAAGCCAUUCACACAAUUACAACAUCCUCGGCGAGUCGUCUUCGGAAAACUACUCUCUCUCCGACAUCGUUCGUCCGAAUACAGGCGAGAGCAAUGUCAACUAUGUUGUCCUCGGGCCGCCGUCGUCCUCUGGCUCGAGGCCGGCUACAAACCGGGGCCCAAGGUCAGAGUACUCUCGUGAGAGCCUCGUCGUGGCGCCUUUGCGACCUGUCAAAACAAGAUCUUCCGACCGCGCAAGCGCCCUCGCGUCUCGAUCUCGCGAGUCACUUCGCCGAGGCUCUCUUACUUUCUUGGGUGCCGCCAUGACUCAAGAAGCCACCCUCGCAUUGUUUGCGGGGACCUCGCCAAUGCACUCUCUCGCGGACCCGACCAGCCAAUUUUCUUCCAACCGGCGCGAAAGCGUAUCCUCCGCCGGCACGCUGCCCAGAACUUACCAAUGGAGUGCGGCCUUAUCGACAGUCAUGUCGGAAAGCGAGGGAGACAGUCUACCACCCUCACGCUCACUCUCCAUGUGGUCCUUCCCAAAUCGCCGAAGCAGUACUAACAGUCGUGACCUUUUAAGCAUGGGAUCCUCUUUCGGCGGUCUGGACGAACAAGCGGCCGCCGCAGCCUCUUAUGCAUGUUCCCCUUGGUCCCCGCCGGCGCAUGGCGAACAUCCCAUGAACAAAGAGCACACAGCAAACAACAGACUGAUUCGCAACCUCGACGAGGAUGGCGAUGGCCUCGCUGACUUGCAUACUCUGCACCAUCGAUCCUCUCGAACCCGGCUAGCCGGUGGCUUUGCCCACAAUCCGGCUGAUAGAGGCCUACGUUCAUCGGGCAGCACCCGCAGUCUCAACCCGUUCUCAUUGCCGUCUUGGGUCCGUUUGUACUACGGCGGCGGUGACCAGCGGUUUCUUGUGGCGCAAGCCUCUUCAGACUCUAUUCGGUCUCUUUAUAAUGGAUCCUUGUACAAUGAUCCUCCGUAUACCGGCUUCCUGCGCAAUUCACCCAGGACUGAGCGACUUGCACCUGUUCUUGGUACCCCUCGGCGGUGGCAGCACGAGCGUAUGUCGGAGGCAAAUAGCGAGACGCACCCUUCAACCCCCAACAUUGCUUCAGCCAACUCGUGUUCGAGGCAACCUUCUAGUGCUCCCUCAAGAGCACCCUCGAGCCGAAUGAAGACGAUAGCCCGGAUGGUCAAGAAACAAACUUCAAGUGUCUGGUCGCCUCAUCUUGAUCGGGACCGUAGAGCCAGCCACCUCAGCAUGUGGACCCCUCCACCAGUGGCCAGGUCUGGGGAGAAUGGCGCCGUCUUCAAGAGGAACCGACAGCAAAUAUUUUUCGUUGUUGGCUUUGCUAUACCAUUUGCCUGGAUGAUCGCCGCCUGCCUGCCCCUGCCAUCAAAAGCUCCUGGCGAAAUGACGGAGCAUAGCAACACAAACGAUCUCAACGUGGCCGGCGAGCCAGCUCAGAAGUCCUACCUAGCCCAGGAGACACUUUACCACAAUUCUCGAUGGUGGCGGACCCUUAAUAGGGGCAUGUCUGUUGUUGGUAUUCUUCUCAUUGCUGCGGCUAUCGCUCUGAUCGUCCUGGGAACCCAACAACAGCUGGCAUGAACACUACUAGUCAAGGCUUUGUGUUCCUUGGAAGAGCUGCGUUCUCACUGUUGAACAACCGACUGUGGUGCUGCGAGUCACCAUGGCGCUAUUAUACUGUUUGGAAUUUCUUUACGACCUUAAUGUUUGUGUAUGAUAUCCUACGACAAUGAAGUUACAGGGAACAUUUCGAAAUGACCCGGGGGGAAUCGGUUACGAGCGUACUUCAUGACACCUAGCGAUACCUUUUUACAAUUCUUAGCAGACGGCGCUCUCUAGUUCUCUCACAAGACUUGAGCUCUGGUCAAAGUAGAACAAGUGGAGAGCGUGUUAGGAUAUUAUGUCCUGU